CGGGUGAGCGCCAGCGGGCGCCAUAUUGUCUUGUCUGUGAAGACGAGAAGCGAUAGUAGCGGGGGCAGCACGGCCGCGGAGCGGCGGUACCGGCGGCGGCGGGAGGCGGGGGAGCGCUUGAAAUAUAGACUAUAUAAAGACUUAAAAGAUGUGGGAUCAAGGUGGACAACCUUGGCAGCAAUGGCCUUUGAACCAACAGCAGUGGAUGCAGUCAUUUCAGCACCAGCAAGAUCCAAGCCAAAUUGACUGGGCUGCAUUAGCUCAAGCAUGGAUUGCUCAGCGAGAAGCCUCAGGGCAGCAGAAUGUAGUGGAACAACAAGGAAUGAUGCCAAAUGGACAGGAUAUUUCAGGAAUAGAGUCUGGUCCAAACAACCAUAAUAAUUUUCAGGGGGAUCCCAAUUUCAACAGAAUGUGGCAGCCAGAAUGGGGAAUGCCUCACCAACCCCCUCACCCACCUCCAGAUCAGCAGUGGAUGACUCCAACCCCAGGUCAAAUGGAAAUUGUUCCUCCAUCUGAAGACAGCAACAGUCAGGAUAGUGGGGAAUUUACUCCUGACAACAGGCAUAUAUUUAACCAGAACAAUCACAACUUUGGGGGACCUCCCGAUAACUUUGCAAUGGGGCCAGUGAACCAGUUUGACUAUCAGCAUGGGGCUGCUUUUGGUCCACCUCAAGGUGGAUUUCAUCCACCUUAUUGGCAGCCAGGACCACCAGGGCCACCAGGUCCUCCAGCACCUCCUGCACCUACUCAAAAUCGAAGGGAAAGACCCUCGUUCAGAGAUCGACARCGUUCACCUAUUGCGAUGCCUGUGAAGCAGGAGCCUCCACAGAUUGAUGCUGUGAAGCGUAGAACUCUGCCUGCCUGGAUUCGUGAGGGCCUGGAAAAGAUGGAAAGAGAAAAACAGAAAAAAUUGGAAAAAGAGAGAAUGGAGCAGCAACGUUCACAGAUGUCAAAAAAAGAAAAAAAGGAAAGUGAGGAGGCUGAAGAAGGGGAUGGCCCACGGUUACCUCAGAAAAGUAAAUUUGACAGUGAUGAGGAAGAUGAAGAUGCUGAAAACACAGAAGCUGUAAGUGUUGGGAAAAUCAGCAGGAGUCCAUCACCAGCUCCUCAAGAGGAGCAAAGUGAACCAGAAAUGACAGAAGAAGAAAAGGAGUAUCAAAUGAUGAUGCUGACAAAAAUGCUGCUGACAGAGAUUCUCUUAGAUGUCACAAAUGAAGAAAUCUAUUAUGUGGCCAAAGAUGUUCACCGUAAAGCAACUAAAGCUCCUGCAAAACAGCUGGCACAGUCCAGUGCACUGGCUUCCCUCACUGGACUCGGUGGACUGGGUGGUUAUGGAUCAGGAGACAGUGAAGAUGAGAGGAGUGACAGAGGCUCUGAAUCAUCUGAUACUGAUGAUGAGGAAUUACGACACAGAAUAAGGCAAAAACAGGAAGCGUUUUGGAGAAAAGAGAGAGAACAGCAACUACUACUAGAAAAACAGCUAGAAGAAGAAAAGCUACAAAAUGAAAAAGUUUCAAAAGAGAUGAAUGAAUUUCUCAACAAAGAACAAAAUAGUAACUUAACAUCACAGGAGGCAAAAGAAAUUGAAGCAGAUAUGGUUCAUGAAAAGAAAAGAUCUCCAAAUGUAAUUGCACCUGACACAGAGCUCAAGAAAGAGGGUAAAGAGAGGACAGGAAGGAGUGGGUCAAGAAGCUCUAGCAGUGGUAGCAGCAGCAGCAAUAGCAGGAGCAGUAGCAGUAGCAGCACAGUMUCCAGUUCAUCCUAUAGCACUAGCUCAGGUAGUAGUCGCAGCUCUUCACGUUCUUCCUCUCCCAAAAGGAAGAAGAGACACAGUCGCAGUAGGACUCCAUCACAUAAGGUUAGGCGCAGUAGAAGCAGGAGUUACUCCCACAGAAACAGGAGAGAGAGGAGUAGGAGCAGGGAGAAAAUAAGGGAAAGGAGAAGAUCUAGUAGAAAUCAUAGUGCUGAAAGGGGGGAGAGGCGGAGAAAUCGGAGUCCUUCAAGAGAGAGAAGCUGGGAUAGGCGUAGAAGUGGCAGCYGCUCAAGAGACCGGCGAGCCAACCGUGCGAGCCGCAGCAGGAGCAGGGACAGGCGUAAAGCCGAGGACCAGCGUAGAAGCCCUACUGGAAAUAGGCACAAACAUAAAAGUGAGGGUAAAGAUCAAGAAAGGAAGAAAGAGCAGGGUGGAGGUGUAGAUAAAGACAGAAAAAAGAAUAGAGAAAGGGAGAAAGAUCAGGAAAAAAGAAAAGAUAAGCCCAAAAAAGAGGAAAAAGAAAGUAAGGCUGGCAAUCAUGAUGACAGUAGAUUAAAGAGAAAAAGAGAUAGCGAAAGAACUUUCUCUCGCAGUGAUUCAAUAUGUGUGAAAAUAAUAAGACAGGAUUCCAGACAAGAAAGCAAAAAAAUUACUACCAAAGAUAGCAAAAAACGAUCAGGCUCUGAAUCUAGUGCAAGGAGUAGUUCUGAAUCACCAGGAAGCAGUAAAGAAAAGAAGGCUAAGAAAUCGAAGCAUAUUCGGUCAUGCUCCAUGGAGAAAUCUCAAAGGUCUGGUAAGAAGGCAAGCCGCAAACACAAGUCUAAGUCACGAUCAAGAUCAGCAACUCCUCUUCGUCGUAAACGCUGAGGAAUUUAUGGCACCAGUGCUAUGACAUUUAAAAAUUCCAUGAGUUAUAAAAGGCUUGUCUCAUUAUAGAGGCACAUUGUGGCUAUGUAGGUGAAACCAGAAUCCUUUUUUUAUCUGUAAAUAGGUGUAUUUUUUCCAAAUGCUGCUCAGAAUUAAAUACCUAAUAGGAUUUCUUUGUAUUACAUUUUUUCAAAAACGGUAGUGCUUAUUAAGACUAUAAAACAGGCCAUUCUCUUUCAGCUGUAAUGUUCUUAAAAUUACUAUUGAAUGUACUGUGAUGUCAAUAAAGCUCUUUAGUUCAUUUUUUGUUUAAAAUUCUUGCACCUGAAUUUUGUGUUAAAUGGUAGAAAGUACUUUAAAAAAAGAAGAGGCAGCUGUUUUGGUAUAACAAAAUUUUAAAGUACUUGAAAAAGAUUUAAUGUGAAACACUUGUCAGAACAUGUAAUCCAUGGACAUGAUGACACUUUAUUGGGGGUGUGGAAGAACAGAGAAAAGACAUCUUAUUUUUCUUCAUGUGUAAUAGAUUUUUAAUAUUUUUUGSGGGGUCUAGCAAGUACUAAAUGCUGUGUGUGUAAAAUAUGGGUCACUGUAAUACAAGCUAUACUUAAACAGACUGAACCCCAUUAGGAAUAUGUGGGACUAACUGAUCUCAUGUGGCAGUCUUAAGCUCUGGAACUAUAUUCCUCACCCAGUUUUCAGAGAGAUCUUUGGAUGUUCAGGGAUAUUACACGUCUCAGAAUUUUAGAUGUUUUUAUGAAAUGCAUUUAUAAAUGUCACUCACUACACAUCGGAAAACUGGCAGUAGGUUAACUUUACAUUUUGGCAUGUGCAUUAAAUGUAUAGUGGAUAUUCAAGGUGUUUUUUUCUUAGUGCGACAAGAAUUGUGACUCCUGUAAAGCUAAUACAUUGAUGUAUUAGCAAUGUCACUAAAUUUUUGAUUUUAAUAUUACCAUAAAGAAAGGUCAUUGAGUUCCUACUUAAGAAAUUGACUAUUGCUGUUAGAAACAAGAGUGUGAAAUAGUAAAAACAAAGCAACAAUACCCAACUCUAGGCCAGUGACUGCUACAGAAGAACAUUAAUUUAGGGAGAGAUCUGUUCUUUCUGAAAGGGAUGGUAUGACACCAGUUGUGAAAAAGGCAAAAGGCUUAACAUCAAAGUAAGUUCCUUUUGAUUGGCUGUAUCAUCUAAGAAAAAAUUAUUCUAGUACAGGCAACUUGCAAAGCAUGUCUUAAUGAACAGAUUAAUCCACUUAACUAAAUCAGAAUUCAGCUAUGCAGCUUUUUUCCACUGUAAUUUUUUUCAUAAAUAAGAUGCAGAAAUAAACUGCAUCAGUUAAAAUGUGUUUAAUAAGCAAGCUAGUGAAUACRUGCAUGUUUAUCAAAACACUGUUACAGAUAAAUAAUCAGUUAUAAAUUAUAACACCCCCUCAAUUAUAUAUUUUCACACAGAGUAAGCAGCCAUAUUUAUUAGCAAAAUAACGCAUAAUUUACAACACAUGACUUUUACUUGCAAUGGUAGAAAUAUAAAUAGCUAUGUAUUGAUCCAAACUCACAACACUCUUGGCUCUGGGUAAGAGUGAGGAAUAUUUGUAAAAGUAGCAUAACAGUUCAGAUGUCCUAGAACGAUGUCUGGUGACAGACAAAAAGAAACUAGAAAUAAGAAAAGCUGUUGAGGAAUACAGUUUCCAAGAUGCAUUGAAUUUGAUUUUCAGUUCAGAUUUUAUAUUCUSUGUCUAAUAAUAAAAAAGAUUGUGUAUGAAAAGCUUUAUAUACUCUGCCAACAACUGGAAUUCUGUCACUUCCUGUAAAUAUGAAAAUUAUUUUUUUGACACAAAUGCACUUAUAUGGGUAGUGACUGUAUGCCAAUAAAAAGAGCAUACGAUCUCUGUAUUUAACUGUUUCAGAAAUUUUACUGUAACGGCCUACUCAUCACUGAGUAAUCAAAUACAUGUUGGUACUCUUGUCAGCAUCACAUGCACUGGACUUCUGUGAGCUUUGAAAACUCUCUUAGGAAUGUCUUUCACCAGAAAAGGCUGAAAUAUCAACAGCUCUUUUAAUUCCAUAUAUCUGAAGUGAUCCUCAAAUGUCCAAAUACAUACAAAACGGGAAAGUGUCAUUUUUAAAUGAAUGCUGCAAACACAUUUCAGUGCACUAYGGGAAAGCAAUACAUAGGAUUUUGAAUGUCAUAUAGCAACAUGACAUUUAGAGGCAUUUCCCUUGGAAACUUUUAAUAUAUAAGGGAUGGUGUGGAAUCAAAKGAACAAUGAUUUCCAUGCAAAUUGUUCUGAAUACAACCAAGCCAAUGUCCAUAUGGGCCCCAAGGUGCCGGACACACCAUGGAAAAGCAAGAAUUAGCUGURGCCAUGGAUUGGUCAAAAAAGAGUAGCUCGUUAAAAAUAUUCUGACUUUAAAGACUCAAGCAAUAACACUUGUUUUGAAAUAUGACACAACAAAAACUUAUGUCUUUGAGGCUCUGUGUCAUGGAAUAGCUACUUCUAGUUUGAAAUGAUCUUAUCCUGUUAGGUGGAAUACUUGCCAGUGUGCAUGUAUUUUAAUUCCUUGUAAUUGAUUUUGAAAUCACAAAUAUAAAAGCAAUGGCAAUGUAAGGUUUGGCUCUCUCGCUCAGAUUUUGUGUUUGCUUUGCUAAAUGAAUGACAAGUACUAAGCUGAAUAAUGUGCGCAUGCCUGCUUUGAAGGAAGGCUUAGUUUGGUUUCUUAAGGAGACCAUUCUAGCCUUCUAUAAAGGAUUUGUUGGAGCUCUUUUUUUCAGCUCUGUGGUGCUAUUAAUGAUUCUUAACUCUAGUGCAGUGUAAGCUUUGUUGGAUAGAAAGCAGGUGAGUACAAAAGUGAGGCAGGUAUAUAGUAAGCAGGUUUGCCAUAUAUUUAAUUGCUGUUGAGACAAGUUUUGUAAAGCCCUUUCAGCAGACCUUAUUUAGCUUUAAAAAGAAAAAAAUCCAAACUUCAACCACUACAUGAAAUAUACUGUAUUUACAGAAGACCCAUGAACAGGCAGAUUGCAAGCAGUGAGGGUUGUAGCACCAAACAAGAUCAGUUAAUAAAGCAGGCUGACACUAGAGGGAAGAGAAAGUCAAACCAGGGCUGGUUAUAUCAUUCCAAACUUUCUGCAGCCUGGAGGAUGCUCCUGCCCUUGGCUUUUGCAGGCCAUGCCUCCUGCCUGCGGAUGCCAGUGUCCGCACAGCCAGGCCAGAAACCCGGCGUGUGAUCAUCAGCCUGGCAAGGAGUGCUGUCAGCUCUGCUUUCCCGGCUUACCUUUGCCUGGCUCUGCACUGCUUCCUUCCAGCCAGCUUUGGCUUCACUGGGCUUUCUUGUUGGACCUGCAGCUCAAUA